AUGCGGGACUACGACGAGAUGACCACCUUCCUGGGCGAGUGGGGCCCCUUCCAGCGCCUCAUCUUCUUCCUGCUCAGCGCCAGCAUCAUCCCCAACGGCUUCAAUGGAAUGUCUGUCGUGUUCCUGGCGGCCGUCCCGGAGCACCGCUGCCGGGUGCCGGACACCGCGAACCUGAGCCGCGCGUGGCGCAACCACAGUAUCCCGCUGCGGGUGCUGGACGGCCGCGAGGUGCCUCACAGCUGCCGGCGCUACCGGCUGGCGGCGAUCGCCAACUUCUCGGCGCUCGGACUGGAGCCGGGGCGCGAUGUGGACCUGGAGCAGCUGGAACAGGAGAGCUGCGUGGAUGGCUGGGAGUUCAGUCAGGACAUCUACCUGUCCACCAUCGUGACCGAGUGGAGUCUAGUGUGUGAGGAUGAUUGGAAGACACCCCUCACCUCCUCCCUCUUCUUCGUGGGCGUGCUCCUUGGCUCCUUCGUGUCCGGGCAGCUAUCUGACAGGUUUGGCAGGAAGAGCAUCCUCUUCGCAACCAUGGCUGUGCAGACUGGCUUCAGCUUCCUGCAGAUUUUCUCCAUCAACUGGGAGAUGUUCACUGUGUUAUUUGUCAUCGUCGGCAUGGGCCAGAUCUCCAACUAUGUGGUGGCCUUCAUUCUAGGAACUGAAAUUCUUGGCAAGUCAGUUCGUAUUAUAUUCUCUACGUUAGGAGUGUGCACAUUUUUUGCAGUUGGCUACAUGCUGCUACCCCUGUUUGCUUACUUCAUCAGAGACUGGCGGAUGCUGCUGCUGGCGCUGACGGUGCCGGGGGUGCUGUGCCUCCCGCUGUGGUGGUUUAUUCCUGAAUCUCCCCGGUGGUUGAUAUCCCAGAGAAGAUUUUCAGAGGCUGAAAGUAUCAUCCAAAAAGCUGCAAAAAUGAACAACAUAGCUGCCCCAAGGGUGAUUUUUGAUCCUAUGGAGCUACAGGAACUAAAACUCCCUGGUCAGCAGAAAGUUCUCAUUCUGGACCUGUUCAGGACUCGGAACAUUGCCACAAUAACCAUUAUGUCCUUGCUCCUGUGGAUGCUAACCUCAGUGGGUUACUUUGCUCUGUCUCUCAACGCUCCUAAUUUACAUGGAGAUGCCUACCUGAACUGUUUCCUUUCUGCCUUGAUUGAGGUUCCCGCUUACAUUACAGCCUGGCUGCUGCUUCGAAAGCUGCCUCGGCGUUACAUCAUCGCUGGUGUACUGUUCUUGGGAGGAGGUGUGCUUCUCUUAAUUCAGUUCAUACCUGCAGAUUACAACUUCUUGUCCAUUGGUCUGGUGAUGUUAGGGAAGUUCGGGAUCACCUCUGCUUUCUCCAUGCUGUAUGUCUUCACCGCAGAACUUUACCCCACCCCGGUCAGGAACAUGGCCGUGGGGGUCACAUCCAUGGCCUCCAGAGUGGGCAGCAUCAUUGCUCCCUACUUUGUUUACCUCGGUGCUUACAACAGAGUUCUGCCCUACAUUGUCAUGGGUAGCCUGACUGUCUUCAUUGGAAUCAUCACCCUUUUCUUCCCUGAAAGUUUUGGAAUGACUCUACCUGAGACCUUAGAGCAGAUGGAGAAAGUGAAAGGGUUCAGAUUUAGGAAAAAACCAAGAGAUUCGGUGCAGAAGGAAGAAAAUCCCAAAGUUUUAAUAACUUCGUUCUGAUAAGAUCUCCACCACCAUUUGGUGACCUGAAAACUAAAUGCAUCAAACUCUGUGAGGAAACCAAAGCCUUUCCUAAGGAACUGGACCAAGCCUAAAGAUGAACACUAAGAUGACUCUGCUUUUCAAAUACUUGUCAUAGAGCACAUGCUGGGCCACUCUUCCAGAUGAUCUUCUUGUUUUAAAAACCAUUUCCAGAGAGUCUACCAUCCUAAUGAAUUCGAUGAAAUGGGUUCAUAAGAGUUUUUGAAAAUCUUAUGGUCAAGGACUGGUAAAUCCAUACAAAUAUUGACACCCAUUUUCAAACAUACAAAUACUAUUCAAAUAAAAAGAAUGUCAUUGUAUUAACGCAACUA